GCAAGUUCGAUGGCAAGCUCGCGGGCCCAGGCACGACCGCUCCCGGGUUAUAUCCCGGUGCUGCACGCCGGUCACUUGUGAAUUUGACGCAGAAUGUUCAUUGCCAAUCUUGUGUCUGUCGUGGCGGCUGCAUCGGCGGUGGCUGCAGUCGAGUUUCGCUUUGCCAACAAGUGCGGCUUCACGAUCAACUUGCACGGUGGCGGGAGCAAGUUCAUUUGCGACAUUGAGCCGGGAGUUCAGGUCGGUAACAACUGCGGGGUGUCGUUGGACGACCAUGGCCUGUUCAAGCACUCGCCUUCCAACGAAGCCAACUUGAUCGAGUACUCCCUCAUCAACUCGGGGAAUGGGCUGAACCAAGUCUGGUACGACGUCAGCAACAUCCCGCCUGGCCCUGGCUGGUGCUCGAGCUUCGAAGACUGCAAAGCGUUCACCAGGCGCUCGGGCUACAACAUCCCAGUCCUCGUCGUCCCAACCAAGCACGAGGGCCAAGCCAAUUGCAAGCAGCUGCGUGUAACCCGCCCGGACGCCUCGGACGCGUACUUGUUUCCAGCCGACAAUAACAAGACACACGACUGUCCCAUGGAUGAAGUGUUUGACGUGAUCUUUUGUCCUGAUCACAACGCAGCGCCCAUCAACCCGCCGGCCCCGUCGGACUCCCCGGUGACCCAGGCGCCAUCGACCCCAGCGAUUAUUGUCACAUCCCAACCAGCGACGCCGUCAGUCGUUCCGGUGCCUACAGAGCCGUUGGUAUCGACUUCGCACGCUCCCGACUAUUCGACUAGCCCACCAGUGUCGCCCCCGUCCAACAAUGACGGGUACAUCAAAGCAUGGAGACAAUGCGACGGAAGGGGCUACACCGGCAGCUCCAUUUGUGGGGAGGGUCACUCCUGCGUCGCCGUCAACGAGUGGUUCUCCCAGUGUGUUCCUGAUUCUCCCAAGUUUGGCCAGCUCGGCACGUGGACCCAAUGUGGCGGGACUGGGGUGGACGGAAAGGCGUCUUGUCGCCCUGGCGACGAGUGCGUGAAAGUGAACGACUACUUUUUCCAGUGCCAGCCCAAGGACAAGCAUUGACGUUGAUCAGCACCACUAUAUAAAGCUCAAUAGAACUCGGUCAGUCAUAGAAUCCGAUCAAGUUUCUGGCCGUGAUGUCUGCUCCCCGAAGCGGUUCGGAUCGACACCUUCAGCCGGAAUGUGUCCAAUGCCUUUUGUUCAUGACACCGAGCCAUGGUGGAUGAUGGUCCGCCGUCGCUGAGCCAGAGGCUAACGUGGCUUUCCAAGAGCAUGGAUGGUCUGUCCCAGAAUUGCGAGAAGCUCAGAAUCGGCAUGUAUAGUUGUUGCACAACCUAGCGCGGUUUGUAUGGAGGCGCAGCUCUAGAAGCGAGAAACGUCGCGGCCGACCACCAUGGCCUUGAACCAAUCGAGAGGCACUUGCAGCCGUAGCCGCCAGCUCCCGAGCUUGGUGAGGUAUGCGCUGCGCCACAGCAGCCAUGCCUUCCACCCGUCAAACUUGGCGAGCGGCUGAUGUUGCUUGUUGAUCGUGACGUCUUUCGCCUGGAACAGCCCUUCGUACGAGCCCAAGUACGCCAUCAUACCGAGGCUUUGGAAUCGAUAUGGCUCGACGCUUGGUUUGUCCUUUUGCAGGAGCCCGAGC